UGAGGCCUGCAGUUCUUUAGAGGUUGUUCUGGGUUCUUUUGUGACCUCUUGGGGUAAUUCUUGUAGGCCGGGCCACUCCUGGGAAGGUUCCUCACUGUUCUAUGUUUUCUCCAUUUGUGAAUAAUGGCCCUCACCGUGGUUCGCUGGAGUCCCAAAGCUUUAGACUUCACUUUGUCUGACACGUUCUUAAUUCAACAGUUUUCCUCCCGUCAACCUUGUACAGUGUACUUAGUGACUCUUAGUGACUGAAACAUCCAGUUCAGCUCCUAGUUGUUUAGACACGCCCUGACUGUGUAAUUGCAGACGUGCAUGUGUUCUAUCUCUGUAUUUGUGCUUGUAUUGCCAUAGGCUUUUUUACAUGCAAGGUGGUUGUUGUCACACACAGGCCAGGGCACAGGCUUGCAUAAGGCUUGCAUUUUGUGGCAUGCUGUGUAGCUGAGUUCAAUGAAGACACUGAGGCGAGCGGUGCAAACUGUGCUGUUGAAGCACCCACCUCUCCGUUGUUGCCUGUUAAAUUCUUCAGCCAAGAGAAAUGACCGACCCAUCAUCGGUGUCAUGGCUCAGGAAGCUGCUUUUCCUAAACCCAACCGGACGUCUUAUAUUUAUGCCAAUCAUGUGAAGUUCCUGGAGUCGGCGGGAGCCCGAGUCGCCCCAGUCAAGAUGAACCAGACUGUGGAGGAGUACGAGAGACUGUUCAACUGCAUUAACGGUUCAAUGGAGACACUGAGGCGAGCGGUGCAAACUGUGCUGAUGAAGCACCCACCUCUCCGUUGUUGCCUGUUAAAUUCUUCAGCCAAGAGAAAUGACCGACCCAUCAUCGGUGUCAUGGCUCAGGAAGCUGCUUUUCCUAAACCCAACCGGACGUCUUAUAUUUAUGCCAAUCAUGUGAAGUUCCUGGAGUCGGCGGGAGCCCGAGUCGCCCCAGUCAAGAUGAACCAGACUGUGGAGGAGUACGAGAGACUGUUCAACUGCAUUAACGGGGUCCUCUUCCCCGGCGACCCCGUUUGUCCCAUCUCGUCUGCUUACGCAAGGUCCGCAAAAAUCUUUUAUGAGCUUGCUAUUGAGGCAAACAGGAAACAUGACUAUUUCCCAGUGUAUGGCAUCUGUCUGGGAUUGCAGAUACUGUGUGACUUGAUAAGCGGAAAAGACUUAUUCACGAUGACGGAGACAAAGGGUGUGUUGUUGCCUCUCAACCUCACCGAAGAUGCCAAAGGCAGCCGGAUGUUCAGUGGCUUCCCAGAUGAACUCAUGAAAGAUCUGGCCUCUGAGCCGCUGUCACAACACGCGCACAAGUGGAGUCUGGUGUUAUCUAGUUACAACUCAAAUGAGAAAUUGAAGACGUUCUACAAAAUUCUCACCACGAGUACAGACGGGAAAGUUGAGUUUGUGUCCACGCUGGAAGCGUACGAUUACCCAAUUUAUGCCACUCAGUGGCACCCGGAGAAAAGUGCGUUUGAUGGCACAGAGCCUCACAUUGCACACUUUCCCUCAGCGGUCAUGACCACGUACUACAUCGCGGAGUUCUUUGUUGAAGAAGCCCGGAAGAACUUCCACAGAUUUGCAUCAAAGGAGGAGGAGAGGAAGGCGCUGAUAUACAACUACUCUCCUGUUUACACUGGGCCAGCGUCUGGCUUUAAGCAACUCUAUUAUUUUUUCUGAUAUACUAAAACAUCAUAAGAUACUUUAUUUAUCCCUCGUCGGGGGAAAUUCACUUGAAAUUAGACAACACAAAACAAGCAAGGGAUUAAAUUAAGGUAAAACAGGAAGACUUUGUGCAUCAUGUACAAGAACAAGUUCUGGGCAUUACAUACAUUGAAUAAUAUUAAUUUAAUAAUAUAAAUAUAAUACCUAAUAAUAUAAAUAAAUAUUGCAGACUCCAUGAAGAAUAUAAUUUAAAGAAAAUUAAACAUCUAACAACAAAUCUUUCUAAACAAAAUGGAAAAUGGAAAAUAACCAAAAUAAGGCUCAUUUGUGUUCAAGAUGUGAAUAUUAAUGACUUUUGUAAACUCCAUUCACUGUGAUACUGCACUUCCAUCAAAGAUCUCUGAUCCCUUUCGCUCGUAAACACAAUUUCCACGUCUCCCCUUACACAUUCUUUGCAGAAUGCAAAGACGCUCAACGUGCUUUACAUCACAGAAUAAAAGCGAGACAUUACAAUGACAAGAGAUAAAAGUGUGAUUUGCCAAUAAAAUGUACCCAUUUAUUCUUGUAUGUCAAGUGCACUUCAAGUGCUGCAGUUAACAAUAAUAUUUUCAGGCCUGAUUGAAAUGAGCUCACAGUGUGAGGUUUGUUCCACAGAUGAGGAGCACAACAACUGAACGCUGCUUCACUUUGUUUGAAUCUACCAGAUCAUCAAACUUUAGCCAUUGGACUAUUAAUGAGUGAUUAAGAGUGAUUAGUAGUAGUAGUAUCGUUUCCUACUAAUCACGAUACUACUGGAAAUGUAGUACAUGCAGUCAGGCAUGGGAAAAAAUACCAAAUACCCAAUUACGAUCAAAAUAAACGACUGCAUUUUUGUUUUGUCAAAAUACUAAAAAAAAAAAAAUCAGGAUCAAGGAACUCAGAAAUUGAAUUUUGAAGUUUGUAUUUGACAGUAUUCAAAAAAAAAAGUACAUGACAUUGAAGUUAUUUCUCAAAUUCAGCUUUAUAUAACAGGAAGGAAUCUCUGACAGAACCAAAUCCCUGCGUCAGUAAGCACACGGGACCAAACUGAGGCUGUAUUUUUAUUCAUUUUCAUCACUUUCUUGCACAGAUAUGGUGAAACAUGACUGCGUUUCUGAACUAUUCCUUUCAUGGGGCAUCAUUUUAUCUCCCCAAGUCUUGAUUACUUUAUAUUUUUAUAUAUUUUAAUAAAAGAAGGAAAA